ACUCGCCAGAUCGGCUGGCCCGGGGUCCCCCGCCCCAGCUCGCGCUCGCGCCCCCGGCCCGGGUUCCGGCGCCCACCCGCCCUCCUGCCCUCUCCCGCCUCUCCGCCCCCCAGCUCGCGGGAAGGGAGGUCGCGGCAGCGGCCCGGGGGCACCGGCGACCGUGGCGACAGCGGCGACAGUGGCGGCGGCGGUGGCGGCGGCGGCUGCGGCGGCGGCGGAGGCUGCGGCGGCGACCGUGGCAGAAGCGGUGGCGGAGGCCUCCGUGGCGGAGGCGGAAGCAGAGGUGGAGGCUGAGUUGGAGGCCGAGGCCUCAGUGGAGGAGGCAGUGGCGGAGGUCACCCUGGGGGAGGCGGCGGCAGCCCUAGCGGGGGAGGAGGCGGAGGCCUCCCUGGCGGCAGCGGCAGUAGCCGUGGCGGAGGCCAGUGUGGCCGAAGCCGCCGCGGCGGCAGAGGCUGCGACGCCCCCCUUGGGGGAGGCGGAGGCGGAUGCGGAUGCGGAUGCAGAUGCGGAGGUGGCGGCGGCGGUGGCCGCCGCGGAUGCUGAUGCGGAGAUGGGCGGGGGCUCAGGGGGGAAUCCGGACUUUCCUAUGGCUUCGCUGUACGUGGGCGACCUGCACCCUGAGGUGACGGAGGCAAUGCUGUACGAGAAGUUCAGCCCAGCCGGGCCCAUCCUCUCCAUCCGCAUUUGCAGGGACAAGAUCACCCGCCGCUCGUUGGGCUAUGCGUAUGUCAACUACCAGCAACCGGUAGAUGCCAAGCGGGCCCUGGAGACCCUGAACUUUGAUGUCAUCAAGGGCAGGCCAGUUCGCAUCAUGUGGUCCCAGCGGGACCCCUCGCUCCGCAAGAGCGGGGUGGGCAACGUCUUCAUCAAGAACCUGGGCAAAACCAUCGACAACAAGGCGCUGUACAACAUCUUCUCGGCGUUCGGCAACAUCCUCUCCUGCAAAGUGGCCUGCGACGAAAAGGGGCCCAAGGGCUACGGGUUCGUGCACUUCCAGAAGCAGGAGUCCGCCGAGCGGGCCAUUGAUGCGAUGAAUGGCAUGUUCCUGAACUACCGCAAAAUUUUCGUUGGGAGAUUCAAGUCGCAUAAGGAACGAGAGGCCGAAAGGGGAGCCUGGGCCAGACAGUCCACCAGUGCUGACGUCAAGGAUUUCGAGGAAGACACCGAUGAGGAGGCCACCUUGCGAUGAAGACAUCCCAGGAGCGAGCCAGCCAGCAGAGCCAAACCUUGGCUCCCACCCGGUUUACAGCCCCACCCUUUGCCCCCCUAACCCACCAGCAGUGUAUUGUAUUGGGAGUGCAGGUCUCUGUCUCUCACAACCGCCCCCCCGCCCCCCACCCCCGUCUUCCUUCCCUCCAUCUCUCCCUCCCUCCACCUGUCUCAGUCCCUCUCACUCUGUGUCUCUCUCUGACUUUCUCUCCACUCCCCUGUCGUCCCUACCUCUCCUCUCCCCUCCCUUCCCCCCACACCCACCUUGGGUGCUGUGAAUAAUCUUGCUAAUCUGUGCCACUUGACAGGUUAAAGGCUGUCUUCUCCUUGUGGUUUGGUUUAAAAAGCACUUUCUCUCUUUGUUUAUUGCACAGGUGAUACAAUUUCAUGGUAGAAACAUCAGGAAGGAGAAGGAAAUCAGAUGAGGGAAACCCAAGAGAGUAAUUGCUCCCCAUGACCCUACUACCGGGAGACAACCACUUUUACCAUUUCCGUGUGCUGUUUUCCAGGCUCUCUCCUCUCCUCUCUCCCUCCCUUCCUCACCUCCACCCCACCUUCCCUUUUAACACACUGUUAUAGAAUGGUUCAUGUAUGUGGUGUUUCUUAAUCUGCUUUUUCAAAAACUAAAACCAAACAAAAAUCAACCCAUUGAACUUCUUUCCAUGUUAUUCAACAGGCUUCAGAACCGUCAUCUUCAGUGCCUGAAGAGUGUAUCGAUGGACCCUAACAUUUCUGUAGUCAUUCCUGCAUUGUUGGACAUUCAGGUGGUGCCUAGUUCUUUCCCUGUGUUUAAACCCAGCAUUGUGUAUACUGCAAUGAGUGAAUUCUCCCUUGUCAAGCCAAAUCUUCACAAGCAUACCUGAUGAUCUUAAUUGUGGACUUGCAGGAUCCACAUAUGGACAUUUUAAAGACUUUUCCUGUGUGUUGCCAAAUGGCCCCUUCAUAAGCAUUGUACUGAUUUUCAUUCAUGCCAGCCAGCUCAGCUAGUAAAAAGAGUAUGCCCAUUUCCCCUGCAUAGUCUCCUGGUCACUGUAAUUGAUGUGUGUGUGUGUGUGUGUGUGUGUGUGUGUGUGUGUGUGUGUGUGUGUGUCUUGGCCAGCUUAAUGGGCUGCAAAUGGUAUUUCACUGUCCUUGGUUGCUUUGCUGAAUUUAAAUACUGUUUUUCACCUCCUUCCCCUGUGCCCACUUCCUGCCCUUUUCCCCAUUCUCAGAAAAAUAAUUCAGCUUCAUUGCAGAAUACAAAUCACAAAGCGGACAAGUUAACAGAAGAAAAUUAAUGUCACCUGUAAUCAAUCCUAAUGAGCACCCAUACCUCCCUGAAUCAUUUUCAUCUGCACCUGCCCAGUAUUUUUCAUGUGAUAUAUAUGUGAAUUUUAAUGUAUAUACUGUUUCAAUAUCGGCUUUUUCACACAUAAAUAUAUGAUAUAGAUAGAUAUAGAUGUAUACAUAGAUAUUCUUGAACUUCCUUUCAUGUCAUUAAAUAUUCUUCUAAAAUA